UUUUCCUCACACAACACUCUAUAUAAAUAAAAAUUGAAAACAAAAUUAGUACUCCACUGUGUCUCUAUCUCUCUUUACAAUUUUUGGCUUUCCACAGAAAUUGCUUGAGAUGAACUCAUGCUGUGGUGUGGGGAUAACCCUAUAAACUCCUUCCUUUCUCACCAAAAAUGGAUUUUGGGGUGCUGAGCCACAAGCAAAAUGCAGGCUCUCUGCCUUCACAUGAAAACGCCCAUGGAUCUGUGAACCAAACAUCUCAGGAUUGCUGGAAAUCGCACAAAUUACUCAAGCCUGAUUUCUCCCCCAAGAUGGCCUCUGACGCUUUCGGGAGAUCCAAUCUCUGGCCUCCGCCGCCCGGCGACGGCCACAAGAUGCUCUCCUUCUCGUCUCCGGCGCCGCCGCCUGAUGCUGCCGCCUCCGCCAGGAGCAUCGCCUUCUCGAUUUGCCAGGAUCAGGCCAAUGCUGGGAAUGGAGGAAGCGGGUUUCGUGGGAGUUUUUCGAGAUUGAAAGGGCCGUUUACUCCUUCACAAUGGAUGGAUCUGGAACACCAGGCUUUGAUCUAUAAACACAUUGUUGCUAAUGUGCCUGUCCCUUCCAACUUGCUCGUCCCUCUCAAGAGAUCCCUCUACUCAUAUGGAUCACCUGCUUCUUACGCCUCCAAUUUUCUAGGGUGGGGUGGAUUCCAUCUAGGCUUCUCUGGCAGCAAUGAUCCUGAGCCGGGAAGGUGUAGGAGAACAGAUGGGAAGAAAUGGCGGUGCUCGAGAGAUGCUGUCCCUGAUCAGAAAUACUGUGAAAGGCACAUUAAUAGGGGCCGCCACCGUUCAAGAAAGCCUGUGGAAGGCCACACUGGCCACGCUGUCUCUGGAUCCGCUGCAUCAAAGGUGGCAUCGGUUGCUUCUUCCUCAUCAGCAUCGGCGAUGUCCACCAGCAAUGUGUCCAACAGCCUCAGUGCGAUGCAACAUCAACUUAAUUCCCUGCAGCCCAAUGCUGCUUCGGCCGACCAUCUUGUUAGCAGAGCUCAAGACGUCCGGGGCCUCUCCUUGCUCCCUCCAACGAUUGGUGCAAAGUCUAAAGAUGCCCCGUACACCCUUCAAAAGCAGCACUUUCCGUUUGAAGAAUCAUCCCACUUGGAGUUUGGGAGUGUCUCCUCCGAUUGCCUUCUCAAUCCUUCAGAAAAGAUAUCCUACAUGAACGGCAGUAACUCGGAUUCUUUCAACACGAAAGAUGCAAACAACAGCCAACAUCCAGUUCACCAUUUUAUCGAUGAUUGGCCAAAGUAUCAUCAGUCGGAUCGUGCCUCUGGUUCGUGGCCGGAAGAACUGAAAUCCGACUGGACCCAACUGUCAAUGUCCAUCCCUAUUGCUCCAGAUUUCUCAUCUUCCACUGGCUCACCCACAAACGAGAAAUCCACUCUCUCGACUUUAAGGCUCUCUCACGAGGUUGACCCUAUCCGUAUGAGCCUGGGAGUGAGUCACGAUCUUGGCCAGCCGGUUGAAAAGGAAUCACCGUGGUCUCCUAUUGUUUGGGGGAACUCGAUGGGAGGACCACUAGGGGAGGUGUUAACAAGCUCAACUAGUGGAGGUGCAGGCGCGAGUUUCUCAUCCGUGAAGCUGGGAUCGUCCCCCACCGGUGUUCUGCAGAAAUCCACCUUGGUUUCCCUCUCAAACAGUAGCUCCGGGGGAAGUCCGACCAAUGCUGGCAACAAGGCUCUUUGCAAUGAAAUGCCCGGCUCCGCCCUCAUCACCUGUGCAACCAUUCAGUCUCUGUAGGCUGAGAAUGGCGUCGUGGAAAGGCAAGACGAGUUUCGAAUAAGAAGGGGCCAAGGCAAAUUAAGGUGGUAAUACAACAAUAUUUUGUUUGCGGAUGUAUGUCUGGCUUAUUGAACGAGUGUUUUGUGUUUUUUUUUUUUUUUUUUUACUAUUUCUCUUCAUGCUUAAUGAACGCUGAACUUAGUGCUGCUUCGUAAUUUGGUUUAUGUAAUAUUUAUGUUUUUUCAUGUAACCUUUGUAUCAUCCAACUUGGUUUGAUGUUGAUGAUAUAUACUACUCUUAUCAUAAUUAUAUAUAUAUGUGCUUCAGUUUUACUA